AUGCCGCUCCCAUCGCAUCAAGCCGGCCAGCAUGCCGCCUCGUCGCAGCAAAAGCAUCAACACGAUCCCUAUACCCAGCAACAUGCUCACCAAUACCACUCCCACCAGCAAUCGCAGCAUCAGACACACCAAGACAAGCAGCCGUCACAACCAAUAGGUCGCAGUCAAUCCACCUUCAAUUUCCUCCUUAGCAAAGCAAAAGCUCCUUUCUCCUCCUCAGCGAGCUCCUCCAACCUCAAUGCGUCCACUUCUAUGUCGUCGCUCUCGGCAGCGCAGCAGGAUGAUCCUUUCGAUGACACUACCAACCACCUCUCUUACCAUCGACAGCUGCAACAGGAGCACACCUUCCCUCAUGCUCCUCCCAGCUCUGCACAGUCUCGCAGGACACCCAGCGGCAACCUCGAAAAGACGCCACGCGCCGUGCAGCACCACCAUCAACACACCGAUUCGAAUGCUUCUUCACAUCCCAGCUGGUCAGCAGCUCCUCCUCGUCCGAGCUACGCGGAGGAUGCCCACGGCGGUGGGGCUGUGUCCAGUCCCACCAAGCGAGGUUUCUUUGGCGGCAUCGGCCGAGACCGCAAAUCUUCUGUGGCAUCCAUCAAGCAGCCCGUCCCUCAAAAGAACUUCUCCCACAGCCCCUUAUCCAAAGGACAACGGACAGAACCUUCCAUCAGCAGCAGCAACUACUCGCAGUACAGCCGAAGUCAGUCCGAUCUGCACGCCCGCACUGACCUUUCUUCUCCUCACGAUAGUACUGUCGAGCUGCCGCGCGUGCCCGCUCUAUAUCAGCAGCAGCAGCAAUCAGCACCGGUGUCUGCCGACCCCAAUCGCUACCUGCGCUCGCCCAGUCCUGCACUCCAGUUCUCGAGGAGCGUCGACAACCUCAGCUUGGCUGAGCAGUCCGUUGCGCCGCUUUCCACUUCAGCGGGCUAUGACGGCAGCAAUCCGACCUCCACCACGGCCUCAUCAGCAGCACCAUCUGCGACCUGGGGUGAACACGGCGUGCCUGGUGCUCAGCCAUACUGGCGACCUAGCGAUAUGGGCACCCUUGCAACGCCCUCUCAGCAGCCCAAUGCUCCGUCUCCACGCUUCAAAGUCGGACACAACAAGCUCGACUCGGUCGCAUCGCAUCUGCAACCCUCCACGACCUCUGUUCAGACAUCGCCUAACAACUGGAACAGCAUGUCUCCUCCUCAGAUCAGCUACAUGCAAUCAACGGCAGGCCAACGGACCGAUUUCAAGCACGCGCGCAAGCUUUCCAAGCUCACAGGCAAGGACAUGGGUCGUGCAGCGGUGGGUGCAAGCCUGGCAGCAUCGCUCGGACUCACGAACCUUGGUGCUUCCGCUGCCUCCUCGAAUCAGUCGUCGAUGGAAAGCGCAUCAGAGCCCGUACCACUUCCCGCAGGCGCCGUCUUCCAGGCCUUUGUCAACCGCAACGCUAACAUCAGCCUCACACUUGCUCAGCUCAGUGGCCAUGAUCACGGCAAAGGCAAAGACAAGGAAAAGGAUGUCUCCAAGGGCUGGAAACCGUAUCGUGUCGUGCUGCAGGACGGCCGAGUCUAUUUCUACAAACCGCCCAGCAACGUCUCGGACGAAGUCAAGGCGCUUUUCCCUACUGGCAUCGUUCGCAAUGUGCCCGGCACCGCUUCCGCCUCCCAGUCGGGUCUCAACGUCGACGUGCUCAUGAGGAGUGGCCUGAGCAAGCAGGAUCUCCUCUCGGCCACCUCGAGCAGCACAGAGCUCACUUCGCCACUGUCAUCCCCCGGUCUCCGGCCACGACCUCCAGCCGCGCGAUCGAACAGCAAUAAGUCCGGUGGUGCUGCGUCCGCCGAGCUACCUUUGACGCCAGUAACGCCCUCUGCUGGCCCGGCGAUGGCAGAAGCAGUCAUCGCCGGACACCGAGCCUGGAUCAAGUCCGGAAAGCAUCCCGACCUGGUCUUGGUCGAUGCCAUCGAUGCGCCCCAGAGCUGGGCGGAACGCAUUCAGAGCGGCAGCAUUGCGGCAUUGGCCCACGAAUUCGUUCAGGCCACGCAACUGCCUGCAGCGAACGAGCAAGCGCGAGCUGCCAGCGUGAGGCGAUCCGUCGCAUCGCCUUUCUUUGACCACGUCAAGCAAAGCGGGACUAGCGACAUACUCGCAGAGGCUUUUGUGGUCGCCGUGUUUGUGUCCGUCACGACCGGAGAAACAGCCGCGCAGCCACUGUCGAAGCAGUCUGUCCAAUUCAUCUCGGAAGUGCACGCAUGCGCAGAAGCGCUGCUCAGCAACGCUAAGGAGGACUCGACCAACUCUACGUCCGCGAUCAAAUCGCGAUUGGCCACGUUGCUGGACGUCGCUGUGCGAGCUGGCAUCGCUCAGACGUCAGAGGGUCUCGAAGCCGUUCAACGUCUCGCCCAUCUGAUUCAGCUUGAAAGAGACGAGCUAUCGACAAAGGUGACGACAUCGGAAGCGCCCAUCCUCAACGCCGAUGCCUUGAAAGCCCGGGAGGCCAUCGACUGGGUCAGCUUAGCGGCCGACAAGGACAUGAACGAUACGCGCGACGAUCUGCGGAAAUUACGUAGCACACUCGCCAUCUCGGACGAUCUCUUGCUCCGACUGGAACCGCUCGAGAUUGCACAACAAAUUCAACACUUCCAUGCUGAUGCUCUGCGUCGCUUGAUUGGCCCGAGCAUCACGCUAUGCGAAUUGCUCGGGGCUGCCAGGGCCGAAAGCCAGCUCGUUGGCGCGCUGAGCUUCGACUCGUUGUCUCCACAUCCAAUCACGACCUUGGCCCUCGGACAUCUCCUCAGCUCAAACGCAGGCAGCACUGAAACAGCGAAUGCAGCUCAAAAUGGGGCUCGCCACCGCGCUUCCGUGCUCCGUCAUUGGAUUGCCAUUGCCUCUUACCUCCUCACGCUGGGCGACGUUGCAGGCUGGAUGGCCGUCAGCACCGCAUUGUGCUCCCGCGCAGUGACCCGCCUAGAACAGACAUGGCGCUACCUGGCCGAGGGGGACCGCGUGCUGGUGGCGGAAGAGUGGGCACCUAUCCUCUCCAGCAUCUCUUGGACGGAAGGUCUGGCGGCCAAUGUCCGAGCCCGCUUUGUCGGCGAUGGAGCAGAGUGUUUUGUCACGUUGCCAGACGGCAAGAGAACGCUCGCGAUUCCUUUCCUCGGCAACGCCCUCUAUCGCACAUUGCGCCCCUCGCUUGUUGUUGUGUCGACCCCAACCGAAGGUGACCAGCUCCCAAUCUCGAGCAGAGCGGAUGCCGCGAUCGGUCUGUGGACAUCGGUCAACGAAUGGCGCGCUGCUUGGCAGCAACCCGCCGUUGAAUCGAGCAUGGGCGUCGAUGCGCACUCGGAACCCUUGGCAGAGUACCAGGCGACCUUGCAGUUGCUGUUCCGAGACGCGGCUCAGAGCUCCACGCCCACUUUCAACAACAUGGAGCGUUCGUUCGAGCUCGAGCCUAAGGCGCUCGGCAAUCUCGAUGUUCGCGAAAGGCAAUCGCUGCCUUUCAACGCCAACCCUAGCUUGCCACUCGUCCCGCUGCUGUUCCCCCAGCCCCUGCCACUUCUCUCCUUGCUCGAUGGCGCUCAAAUCAAGGCCGAACUUUCACGUCGCGACGAUCAGCGCAUCCACCUCUCGAAGGACCCGCAGACCACCAUCCCUUCGCGAUCCCUUGCUCGUCGCAGCCUGGCGGAGUCACCGCUCCUCCGGUCUUCGGCCUUUUCGCCCUCUCUCGGUGGUCGCUCCAGUCGCACCGAUGCGUUCAGCGGCGUAGUGGAAUGGUCUACCAUCGCUCCCGUGCCGACUCGGGAAGACCAAGGCGGCAACGACAUCAAGAUCGGAACCGAAUUGAUUCUUCGCGCCGUGCAAGAGGCCAAUCUGUCGCUUCCCAACUCUCCGAUGACUGGCAAGCGAUUCUCGCAAGACUUUGGUCGCCACUCACGACCGCUCUCUCAGAUGUCGAAGCGAUCCAGCUUGCCCGCGUCCAAUCGCAGUUCGGUCGUCGACAUUUUGGUGCCCGUCCAGGUGGUCGUCAAAGCGGCGACGCUCGAUCGCAUGAUUGAUCUGCUCGUCAUGGGUGUCCGACACGUCACAGUGCCCCCUUGUCCUUCCGUCAGCGAUGGCGGCGAGCCGCUCGCUGCCCCGGCACGAAAGACCAAGCUGGUUAUGGACAUGGACUCAUUCCGCAGUACAUUCCUGGCCACAUUCCGAAGUCUCUGCUCGCCCCCGGAGCUGCUCGAACAGCUGCGAAAGCGAUUCUCCGCCGCGGUUACAGCAAGCAAAGAGCUAGCGGGCGCCGACGAGUUUCGCACGUCAAGCCAGUUCCCCUCGUGGAUCCCACUCACUCCAGCAGGCAGCCAGGCAGAGCCGACAGACUGGGACAUGGUGUACCGCAUCCGUCUGGGCGUCGUGAUGACGUUGCGGCUGUGGAUCGAUCGUUUCCCGCAGGACUUUGUCGACGAUGACGUGCUCUAUCAGCUUGCAUGGAGCUUCCUUCGUCACCCGGGCAUGGAAGUCAUCGCGGAAGAUCCUGAUCAGCAAAAUAUCGUCAACGCCCUGGCACAGCUCCGAAGCAUGUUUGGUGCUCGGGUCAUGGGAGCCAACGCUAGGCAGGAGGAGCGGAGCUACGCCGCUGGCCAGCCCGUGCAUGUCGCCAGCGACGAGAACCAGCCCAAGUUCGACUUUGACCGCGCCAACGCGGCCGAGCUGGUCGAGUAUCUCGAGUCGAUCGCCACCGUCUUCUUCGACAAAAUCGUCGAUCGCGACCUGCUCGUCGUGAGCGAGAUCUUUGAGAAGCAGGCGAGCCAUCCCGCCGCCUGGUACACCGUCAAGUCGACCGCUGCCGGCCCUAGCGAUGAGGACAAGCCCGUCACCAACAUGUACACGAUGCUCGACGUCCUCAAGGCGAGCAGCGGCAGCACGACCGCAGGGAGCGGCAACGCCGUAGCCUUGCAGCAGAAGCUUCCAUCAGCUGUCCGAGAUGCCCUAGCAGCUCAAAGCCUAUUCCGGGGCUGGAUCGCCAUUCACAUUAUUGAGUCGGGCAUUGGCCUCGAGCGACGUCAGGAGAGACUGUCCAAGCUUCUCGACGCUCUCUGGAUCUGCAGAUCGCGCAUGCUGAAGCUGAGGACGGACGAGAAUGCAAGCUCCACCGGCAACGCGAACGGCGUGACAGAGGCGGCCCUACCCUUCCGCGAGCCCACCAUCGGUUCUUUCGUCGAAUCGGCCAUCGUCAACACACUUGGCUCAUCGGAGUCGCGUAUCUUCUUGCGAGCUUGGCAGGGCGUUGCGGCGGCCCGAGGAGGCAAGGGGGACGGUCUCGACGAUCUCAUGCCCAAGCAUGUCACCCCGGAGAUGCGCUCAGCCGCCGAGCUUUCCGGCACGCCCGACAUUGGCUGGAUUCUUGCCUGCCUCGCUGAGGCUGCCACCAAGGUCCCGAGUGCGCAGACUUCAGCAGGAGAUGUCGAGCUCGUCGAUUUCGACAAGCGCCGCACUCUGUGGGCCUUGAUUGAUGGCGCUGUACGAGUGCGGCCGCCUUGCACCGUCCCUGGCCUCGUCGACCUGGCCGGAGCUCGACUGCGACUGAUGCAGAGCGCACUCACCCGAGUCAUUUGGGAUCGUCGAGCGUUCCGCGAGGAUGCCGCCAACGAGAUGCGCAACGCGCCGCCGGUUCGGUCCGACGCCAAGCUGCGUCCGAGUAGCUCCAGCAAAGCGCUCACGGGCCUCUCCAAGCAGCAGCAGGAGAAGCUUCGUCGUGAUCGAGCGGCUUUGGAGAUGCUCGAAUCGAUGCCGCUGCGUCCUCCGAUCACGAGUCGUGUGUCGAGCAUGCCGUCGAGCAAUUCGCGCCCAUCGACUGCCACCUCGCCUGCGUCUAGCUCCUUGCCAUUGCCUGCGGAGAAGGCGAUCAUGACGCAGGCGCCGCCGCCUGACAAGGCUACCAUUCGCGCCCGCCGAAUGACAGCGCUCUUCAAGGGCGCCGUACGCCCGCUCAUCUCGGUGGACAAGCCAGACACGCCGGCCAAGUCGGUCCCGGAGCUGAUGCGUCUGACUCCGCUGCAGAAGCCUUCGAUCAUCGCUGGCCUCGGCGGUGCUCGCGUCUCGAUCUGGAACAACGCGCAGCGCUCGUUUGUGUUCCACCUAACUUCGCAGGAAGGCGCCAAGUAUCUGUUGCAGACGAGCAAUGCUGCAGAGCUGGCGGAGUGGGUCAGCCAUAUCGAGAAGGCUUCAAAGGAGUACGCCAUCUCAAGUCCGGUCGAUGCACGCAAGGGAUCGAUCCCGUCCAAGAGCAAGUCGGCGCUUGCACCCCUCUACGGACGUCCUCUGGUAGAGCUCGUCGAGCGCGAAGGUCAUUCUGUGCCUACGGCGGUGGAGCGGAUGUUUGCCGAGAUCGAGGCCCGAGGCUUGCGUGAGCAAGGCAUCUAUCGAAUCUCGGGUUCCAAGAGUGCCGUCGAGAACCUGCGUCGCGCGUUUGAUCAGCAGCCGGCAGAAUCGGUCGACCUGUCUACCGGCGAGUUCAGCGACAUCCACACCAUCUGCGGCGCCGUCAAGUCCUGGCUGCGCGAUCUGCCCGAGCCGCUCAUCACCUUUGACUCGUAUGACGAGCUCAUCGCCACCAACGCCAUGGAAAACGACGACCGACUCUACGCCAUGCGUGACAUCAUCUGGAAGAUGCCCAAGUAUCACUUCGACGUUCUGCGUCGCACGGCAGAGCAUCUGGCGCGCGUUGUCGAGGAGGGCGAGGUCAACAAGAUGCUUGCGCACAAUGUCGCGCUCGUCUUUGGCACUUCGCUGCUGAAUCCACCGCCCGGACCGUCGCAGGUUGCGAUCGGCUUUGGCAAUUUGGGCAAGGCUGCCAAUGUGGUCAAGACCAUUGUCACGAUGCACGAGUGGCUGUUUGAGCCCGAGCCCGAGCCCGAGCCCGAGCCGGAGCCGGAGCUGGAGCCGGAGCUCGAGGCGGAGGCUGGGUCCGAGCCCGAGGUGCAGACACAGGCCUAUCUAGAGCCUGUAGGGGACAGGGAAGUUCUGGGCGUCGAGAGCGGAAGCAGCGCAGAAGCAUUGGUGCAGGGCACCGAUGGAGAUGCCUACCUCACGCCCUUGGAUGCGAGCCGCGCUCGCGGAGCGUCUUUAUCGUCGGGCGAGGGAUCGCUUCCCGACCACAUUGUUAACUCGACGACUUUGGGCGUGGCGACGCAGCAUCAGGCAAGCGGUUCCAUCGGUGACGAGGCUGAAGAGGACGAGCCGCUAGCCGAGCUCCCUGUACGAUCUCGUCGCGGAGGUCGAGGCAGGCCACUCACCAUCGUCGGUCUGGACGGACUAUCGGCUUUCGGUGGCGCUCAGGACGUCGCAAAGGUCCUUGAAAGCGGCGAGCCAUCUUCAGCAAAGACCACGACCGACGAUGCAGAGGCAUUGUCGAGCCAGGCCGACGCUUUUGCCGACACCCAGCUGGAGAACGAGAUCUCCGCCGAUUCUCAAUCAACGAGAGCCACCCCUCGCAUCGUCCUGUCGGAGAGCGUCGACAGCGAGGACUACGCGCAGCUCGACGACUCGCACAGCGCUGGCGACAUCUCGAGCGACCUCAUCACCGUUGCUGACGAGGCACAGGCAGAAGCUUCAGCGACGGAGGACGAUGAUGACACGAGCGAAGGCCUGGCGAUUGCUUCGGAACGACCCCGCAAGGCGCGCAGCCCGAACCGCGACAGCGUGUUCAAGUCCUACUCGAUCUACGCCGACUGCUUCGACAGCAUGAAGCUCGGAAGCCAGCCGUCGGCGGCGAGCAUGAUCAAGCGCCAGUCGAUGCUGGUGGGCCAGCCUGUCGAACAUGCGGGCGAGGCCGAGAAGGUGCAGAGUGCAUAG